GGACAGUGUCGUGGUCACUCGACAUUGCCCCGCUUUCAUGCUCGUGUACGACUCGACAGUGAGCGCUCUGUUUGUCGAGUUCGACACGAUGGUCGUCCAGUGUCCCGCUGCUGUUGUUGCAUGUUCUUGUCUAAUGUUGUUUUCGAUUUCUAUGGUGUUUGCGCAUCUGCAAGGCAAUGACUGCGUUCGCACUUGUGCGUUUUCUUUCAGCUGCGACUAUCCUCUCAAGAUGGAUCGGGAGGGGAAGCCAAGCAAACGACGUGCUAGUAGAAGUUCCGGGAGCAUGGAGGAAUCUCCGAAAAAAACAAAGGGGACACCAACCGAUGGCAUGGGGACUGAGGAGACACCAAGGUCUAAGGGCCAACGAACCCCGGUGCUGCGGGGUGCACCUUCUAUGGGCACUCCUUCCACUCGUGUUCGCGGUUCUGGACCGGAUAUGGCUAUGUUGAUGAGUGGCAGACCUGCGGGUCAAGAAGAGGUGACUGGUGGUCGGCAGGGGAAAUCUGCGGUAGACGUUGUGCCCAGGCGUAAAAGGUCUGGUGAAAUGUCUGUAGCAGGUGUGGGAGACAAGGUGUCUGUCAUCAACCACAAAAACAAGUUCUGGAUGUUGGACUGGGUGGGUGAAAUUGGGGAACCCUCCAGUGGACUGGUUCUGUACGUGGUGAUCAAAGAUAACAUUGUACCGAUUGGCGGUGUGGUGAAGUGGAGUGGACGAGGUACACUAUUGGCCAUGUUGGAGUUGACGAUGGUCCUUAACGCUAAAGGGCAGGAGCCGGUGGCGCAUGCUGAAGACCGCAUAUCUAAGCCGAAAAGUGUGCUUUCGUCAUCCUUGGAGGCGGCUCCCUCGUCGAGACCUCUCACUAUAGGUGUUCACCCUCCACGGUCCCUUCGGACUCUAAUUGCUGCAAUGCGAGUUCCGAAAUCUGGGCAGAUUGGGGAGAAAGGUCCGUGUCGCGGCCAAAUCAUGUGGUCAGCCCCUGUGAAGUCCAGAACAACAUCAACCAAGGAACCCUUUUCCGUGGUCCGCCCAAUGCGUUGUGACUUUGCCGUGCCAAGCCGUGCUGAGGGGGGGCCGCAAUAUUUUGGAGAUGACGACGAGGAGAACAACGAGGAAGAUUCAGAGCGCGAUGGAGAACGCGAAGAAUAUGAGGAGGGUGGCGAUGAGAAAGGAAAGCGUGAGGAAGAACAGGAAGGAGAGAGUGGAUAGACUAUUAGCGAGAGGGGUGGCGAAGUAGAGGGUGGUCUGGGGAUGGAAUAUGAGGGUGAAGGGCAAGAAGAGGAAACGACCAGCGGGGAGGACAUGAAGAUGUGCAUCAGGGUCGCGAACGAGAGCAACAACUCCCGCUAGGACAUGGACAUUGGGGGCGCGGGGGAAUGAAUCACGAAAUGAUGG